AGAUGUCAUGCAGAGUCAGAACCUCAACUUUCUCUCUCAUCUUCCUUCUCCAUUCAUUUCUCCCUCCUCUUUCCACUCACCAGCUUCAUGGCCGCAUCUCCUUUCUCCCUUUCAUGUUGCAAAAUCCCAUCUCUUAAUUCCUCUUCUACCAUCUCUCCUCGCAGAUCCUUUCUUCUCUGCCCCUCAAUUCCGUCAUCCAACCACUGGUUUUUCCUCAAGUCUUCGUUAAACUACCAUUACUUGUACGGCAACUCUGUUCGGCGUCUAAGAUGUGAGGCAACUCAAGUUUCAGUGGCUGAAGAAUCUUCAGCAUCCGGAGGAGGAGGCGGCGGCGGGGGAAAUGAAAACUGGAUUCCGGUGGUGCCGGUUGCAGCGCUGCCGAGAGGAGAGCGGCGUGUGAUAAUUCAGGACGGUGAAACGAUUUUGUUGCUGUGGUAUAAGAAUCAGGUUUACGCCAUUGAAAACAGGUCCCCUGCAGAAGGUGCUUAUAGUGAGGGUUUAAUCAAUGCCAAGCUUACCCAGGAUGGUUGUAUAGUAUGCCCAACAACUGAUAGUACAUUUGAUCUACGGACUGGAGAGAUCAAGGAGUGGUAUCCAAAGAAUCCAGUACUAAGAGUUCUUACCCCUGCUCUGAGGACACUUUUUGUAUAUCCUGUGAAAACUGAUGAAGAGAACAUUUAUAUCAGCAUGAGAGGAUCCGUAAAAUCUGAUGCUUCUACUGAGAUAGUUUUUAGUGGGAAGGCUCAGCCUGGUGUAACUGCAACUGAUGUCAAUGUUGAUGAGGUUAGAAUGGUGGUUGACGAGGGGCAAGAGGGUUUUGGUUUCACUGGGAAGAAUGAAAUAAUAAAUGGGAAGGCUGCGAUCAUCGGCUUCCUUUUGUUGUUGGAUUUUGAGCUCUUGACUGGUAAGGGUCUCCUUAAGGGAACUGGCUUCUUGGACUUCAUUUAUUCUGUCUCCAACGCCCUACAGUAGAAAUUCCCUUUCUUCUUUCUGUUCUGAAUUAUAUGUAUACACUCCCCCAUCCCCAUGAAAAGAAACGACAUAUUGUAUUGAAUUUUAGUCAGCAUAUUAUGUUGUUGGUUCUUUGUAGUAAUUUGUAUGUAUUCUAACCUACGGUACAUUGUGAAAAUAGAUCAUAAUAAUCUUUCUUUUAAGAAAA